GAUUGAAUGGUCUCAUGUUACACCUUUUUGAUUCUUAUGUAUUUGAUAUGCUGACCUUAUUCAUGCUAUCAAUGUGUUUAGAUUCCGCUAGUAGUCAGACACAAAGGUUUCUAUUUCUUUUUUUUUUUCUCUCUUUCUCUUGCUUUUCUUAGAUGACAUAAAGCAUCAUGGGACCACAAAAGCGUUUAGGAUUUUCCAAGAGAAUGCGAGAUAUUAUCCGAUUAGAAAAUGAAUGUAAGGCAUAUGAACAAAAGUUAUUCUUGUUACAAAAAGCCAUUCGAUACAAGCAAUCCAAUGAAGAAAAAGAAUUAAAAGCAAAAAUAGUUCAAUGGGAACUUUGUGCACAGACCGUUGCAUGGGCACUCUUACCUAUGUAUCAAGAUUAUAAACAAGCUACCAAUGAUUGUAUAAUCCCAGACAACUAUGGAUUCUAUCAUGAGAUUGAAUUUCAAAACAAAAACAACGAUGAUCAACAAACACUAUUAUCUAAUAACGACAACAACGAGGAUGAUGCCAAAGAGGAUACUCACGAUAAUGACAACAAUCAACAAGAUGAUAUGUCCACCAUGCUCCAAGCCUUUGGCAUUGAUCCAACAUUGAUUCGUUACUCUGUGGAACACGGUGACUUUUAUUAAUAAACCCUCCUUGUGUGAAUUCAUCCUUUACUUUUUAUCCCAUCCUUUGAUAAUAAUAGUUUUAUAUACAUAUAUAGUUAGUUUUUUUUAGUAAAUAGUAAUUCUUACUUGAACUACAACACUUUCCAUUAUUAUUCUCUCAAUGUGUCUUUAUCAUGGUUGCCUUUUUAUUUCAAUAAAACAUUCAUAUUGG